CGGCCUAAAACUCCAUACUCCCAGACCAUGCAUGCUCCGCAGCAGACGUUCCUCAUCGUUCAUCGAUCUCUGGCGCACAAAUACGGGCCUCUGCGGAUACGAUCCGGAUCUCCAGUAGGCUAUGCUUGCACUCGCCUCGAACUCAACGUCAUCUUGCCCAGGCCUACAGCCGUCCAAAUUCGCUGUUCGGUUCAUGGGGAAGCGUAAUGUCAAAGUCCGGACUGCCCCGCCAAGGUUGUUCUCGCUCCCGACACCGGAGUGUGGGAUUAUCCUCAUUUUUCCAUCAGUCGACAAUCUCGCCCGCACGAGGGGAGGUAGAGAUACCAAGGUGUGGACCACUAGUCUCCACAUAACACAGCUAUCGAUAGACAGAUCCCGUUGCGACAGACUGAUGACUAUGCUGUCACGAGCAUGUCUGCAGACUUCUGGGCCGGCUACAUCAGUGGCGCGGCGGGCAUCGUAAUCGGAAAUCCUCUCGACUUGCUUAAAACUAGAUUACAAGCUGGCGAUACAAGCGUGCGUGCGACGUCGCCUGCCUCGCUGCGUGGAACGUUCGACAAGGCCGGUACGCUCGUCAGAGGAGCUACAGCGCCAAUCCUUGGCUACGGAGCCCUCAAUGGCUUGCUUUACUAUACGUACAACCGCUCGCUCACACUCCUCAACGAGUCCUUCCAGCAUCCGACUGAUCUGACCAAGGUAUGGCUUGCCGGUGCCAUGGGCGGGCUCGCCAGCUUCAUCGUCAGCGCGCCGACCGAGUUGAUAAAGUGCAGGGCCCAAGUCGCCCAUGCCUCCUCCGGCUCGGCGACGAGCUCCUUCGCCAUUGCGAAAGAGAUAUGGUCCUCUCCCUCCCACGGCGGGAUCCGCGGGCUGUACUUCGGCGGCGGCGUGACAAGCGUGCGAGAUGCCGUCGGCUACGGUUUCUACUUCUGGAGCUAUGAGCUGUCCAAGCGGCUUCUCCAUGCCGACAGCCCAGACGACACCUCGAGACAAGCAGGUGUCAAGAUCCUAGUCGCGGGUGGCAUAGCCGGCGUCGUGACGUGGGCCAGCAUCUUUCCGCUCGACGUAAUCAAGACGCGCGUGCAGACACAGGCAUUUGCUUCAUCGCGUGGUUCAGGCUCAGAGAACGAGCCUCUUCUCAAGCCAUUUCGGCGAAUGGGCGCCUUGGAUGUUGCAAGGCAAGCCUACGCCAGCGAAGGGCUUGCAGUGUUCUUUCGUGGACUAGGCAUCUGCAGCGUGAGGGCUUUUAUUGUCAACGCUGUUCAAUGGGCCGUGUAUGAAUGGAUGAUGCGAGUGUUGGCUGGAGCGAGCGCAAAAGAAGGCUUACAUCAUGACGUGGAAACUGGGAAGAGCUUAGUAGAUAUGUAGAUGUUACACUUAAGAAGUCAAUAAAAAAGCUUUAGAUGUUCGUCGAAUAGUAAUACAUACGGCCG